CUUAACAGUUGCUUACAUCGCUAGUCGAUUCAAUUUUUACCAAAAUGUUCAAAGCAGAUUUUGAUAAACUUGAGUCCAAAUUUAGAGGGCACAAAAAAGUCAUAGAUGAUCGUUCCAGGAAUUGGGGUAAAAAGAAGUUUUCCCCGAAUACAUUUGCUAACAGAGAACCACCACCCGUCCAGGAAACGGCUCAGCCUUGGAAGCAUGUGAAGAAUGAUAUUGUGGAUGAUGAGCAGGAACAACGCAGUUCCGAUCGCUUUUACAUGAAAAGUCAGCAGGCCAAGGACAUACUGAAGCAACGCGAACAAAACCAUCGGCGAAAUGUAAUCGAAGCUGGCCGCUCUCAAAAGACCACCUGGGAAACAUUUGAGGAUGAUGCAGCUACAUCCACAUCAAAGACGAAGAAUGGCAAAGGGGGCCACAAAACUCAGCCCAUGAAAGGGAUGCAUAUAGAUCCUGAUAAUAUGACCUUCAAGGAACGCAAUUUCAUACGUAGAAAGCUGACAAGGGUAGUUAUGACAAAAAAGAUGGGAACAUUGGAUUCUGCCAUAAGGGACAUAAAGAGAAACCACGCACGUCCGCAGAGCAAUUGGAUACCGAAAGAUCCCGAGCAGCCCGUUAAUAAGAAAAAUAAGUUCCGUAAUACCCAAAACAAUUAACGCAGUUUUUUUUGUGGGA